UUUAGCAACUUAAUAAAUAAAAAGAAAAGUAAAAUUGGUGUUUGGAAAGUGAUUAGUGGUUGAGAAUUAAUUUCACUGGUUGAUGUAAAGCCAGCAGAAUGUUGAACGAGUUUCGAGUAAAUAGCCGCGAUUACUCCAAUGAGAGUAUUAUGUACCGGGAGGGCAGCGGCCGGUGUUACGUGGACAUGGGCCAGCUGCAUGAAGACUCGGACCCUGAGGUGGGGUACAUCUCGAGCGACGAGUCGGGGCAGGGCGGCGACAUGGGCGAGCGGCUACGGGUCAAGCCCACCAGGGAUAUUUGGGAGACUGACGAAAUCCAAUGGCUCCUACUGCAGCUGCCGCAAGCGGAAGAAAUCUCAGCCCUGAUAGAGGCAGGACAUUACGAAGACACCCUGAACAUCGCCAACCAGCGCGGGCUCAGGACCACCGCCCUCUGGGCCAGCUGGCUCGGCCGUAGCGCCCUGCUCGCCAAGCUCCUCACACUCGGAAUUGACCCCAAUACCGCCGACGACACCGGCAGGACGUGCCUUCAUCUCAGCUGUUUGGUGGGAAGUGACGAAUGUGUCAAACUGCUUUUGGAGCACAAAGCUGACCCAAAUCGGUGGGCCGCAGCUGGAGACAAUAAAGCGACACCUCUGCAUUGCGCUGCGAGCGCUAAGAGUUUAGCUUGUGUUAAGGAAUUGCUGCGUCACGGGGCGGACGUGAACGCGGGUGUGGAACUCCGGUCCCCGCUCCACUACGCCGUGCUAAGCGACGCACCAGACGUGGUCCACGCGCUGCUAGAGGCCGGCGCCUCGCCCGACACGUCACAGGUGUUUACAGAAACCCCUUUGCACGUGGCAGCGUCACUAGGUUCAGCCUCCUGUACAAGGCUACUUCUAGAUGCAGGGGCAGAUGUUAGAGCAGCGUUUGGUCCAAACAGGUCCACCGCAUUGCAUUUAGCAGCAGAGGAUGGGCACGCUGAAUGUGCCAAGACACUUCUGGACCACGGAGCGCCGAUUGACGGACCAAACUGCAUGGGACAAACACCACUGCAUCUGGCGGCACUGGCACAAUCAAUAGAAGUAGUGGAACUACUAGUGGGGAGGCGAGCUAACGUGAAAGCGAAAGACAACGGCGGAAGAACCCCGCUAUACAGUGGCAUAGUCAGAGGAGCGAGAGUGUGCGAUGUGGCCCGGAUACUGCUGUCGGUAGGCGCUGAUGCCAACGAACCAGACAUCUAUGGAUAUACACCGCUACACAUAGCAGCCUACAACGCGGUUUCGGCCUGUGUUUUGUUAUUGUUAGAUUACGGUGGCGACGUGACCCUACGCACAAACGGCGGAGUAUCAGCUCUGUCCUUCAUAGUCCGUCGUGUCCCGGACGUGGUGCCUCGCUACAUCCGCAAGUUCGACGACGCGGUACAAGUCAACGAACACGAGCUGGGUGACAUCGACUGCGAGUUCACCAUCGACUUCCGCCCUCUGGUGCCGUGCUUGAAACGGGGGGAGGCCGAGCUGUUACUGGCAUUUGUUGAGGUCGGCCGAAAAGAUUUUCUGAAACAUCCGGUAGCAGAGACUUUUCUAUUCUUAAAAUGGAGAAGAAUUAGAAAGUUCUUUGUGUUGAGUUUCAUUUAUCACGCCAUUUUCAUUUCGCUGUACAGCUUUUAUGUUCUACAGAUCUUCGUAUGCGAAAACCUCACAUGUGACGUACCAUCGUACCUGCACCCCAUUCAGUACCUGAUUAUCAUUUUAAAUCUUUGUUUCCUGUCCAAGGAGUUAUUUCAGACGUGCCUUGAUUGGUCAGCUUACGUGCGACAGUGGGAGAACUGGUUGCAAUGGCUGAUCAUCAUUGGAGUCUUUUUGUGCACCAUACCGAAUGGGAUCAAUAUAGCAGGAAUGAAGAAUAAUACAACAACAUGGCAACAUGACGUGGCGGCCAUUACUAUAUUCUUUUGUUGGUUAGAGCUGAUGAUGAUCAUCGGAAGAUUUCCAACUUACGGCCUUUAUGUGCAGAUGUUUACGACUGUGACGUUGAACUUCUCAAGUUUCCUCAUUGCGUACAGCUGUCUGCUGAUCGCUUUCGGGCUGGCAUUCAGCGUUUUAUUCAGCAACUACACCGCCUUCAGGCUCCCCGCAGGCCUGGUCAAGACCGUCAUGAUGAUGUCCGGAGAACUCGAGUAUGAGGACAUAUUCUACAACGACCACUCCGAGAUACAGUACCCGCUGACUGCGCACGCUAUUUUCCUCAUCUUUGUUCUGCUUGUCACGGUUAUAUUGACCAACUUGCUGGUCGGUUUGGCUGUCAGUGAUAUUCAGGCACUACAAGAGAGCGCGGGGCUCGACCGCCUCGUCCGACAGACGCAGCUCGUGGCUCAUCUGGAGAGCAUGCUGUUCAGCUCACUACUGUCAUACGCGCCCCAGCAGCUUGUAGCAGUUCUUCGGUAUGGAGCCCUGUUGACGGCAUCCAGCCUGCGCAUGCUGAACAUCAAGCCUAAUGACCCGAGGGAGAAGAGGAUACCGCGAGACCUGAUAGCUUCAAUAUACAAGAUGGUGGUGAGCCGGAAGGAAAUCAACAGAAGUGUUUGCAAAAACAAUAACUACGAAUGCAGAAUCCAGACUUGCAGUGAAGAUGAGCACACAGUACCAUUGGUUGUUAAACGCAAGAGCAACUUGUUUGACCGAUACUCGUCAGAGAGCCAACAGAAAGUGGAACGUAGAAAGAGAACUACUUCUAGGGAGAGUAGAAGCAGGCCGGUAACUUUGAGCGCAGUACAAGACUUGUGUCUGCUAGAUAUCAAGAAUCAACUCACAGAUCUUACGAAAAAGAUGAACAAACUUGUAGAUGUUACAGAUGCGAGAUUAAAUGUUAUUGAGAAUAAGCUCCAUAUUGGUGAUGCAUUGUAAUACUUACUAUCUUACUAAUAAUUUUAUUGGGGUUUCUAUUUUUGUAAUAAAUUCAAUGGAUUACUACAAACAA